AUGAGUGGAACUUCGUUGUGUGAAGUCUGUGUCAGGCUCAAUAUUUCUCGUGAAAAAUUCAUGGUCCAAGAGCCUGAAAUCGCCGAAUCGAGUAUUGUGUUUAGCAACCCGCAUCUAUCGGACCUCGAACCUGUCGAUCUAGGCUUCCUGGACUCAAUAUAUAGCCGGCGGCAGUAUUGCCAGUUUUGCUUGCUCAUAUACCAAGCCACUCGCUCCGGUUCACAGGCUUAUGUUGGGCACGAUGGCCUUGACUCUAGCGGGGCCCGUAUAUCAUGCAAACUGGAAUGGCAUCUUGACACACGCAAUACCAAGGCAUCAGUAAAGACCCGCAGGAUUGUCGUCUUAACGUCGUGCACUAUGAUUCCCUCCAUCCAUGUCAUUCCACUUGCUACGCCUGAAGAUCGUGCUAUAGGAUUUGGGACCCAUAUCGUGGAACGGGCGGAUUUCCAGCGUCUGCACCAGUGGUUUCAAGCGUGCACCAAACACGACCAAUGCACGACCAAGGAUGGAAGGGAGAGCUCUCUCUGGCCAGCAAGGCUCCUCACUAUCGGUGAACAGACAGUAAAAGUGGUUUCCUCAUCUGAGGGAAUGGAGUAUGCCACCUUAAGCUAUGUCUGGGGCAAUCGACUGCCCUUACGUUUGACACAAUCGAGCUACACGGAAUUGACUAUUGCUGGCUUUCCCUUGGAUGGGCUACCACCUACCAUUAGGGGGGCGUGCUCUGUCGCUCGCUCACUUGGGAUCCAGUUUAUAUGGGUAGAUGCCUUGUGCAUCGUCCAGGACAACGAAGACGACAUGCGGAGAGAGGUCGACAAGAUGCAUGGCAUAUUUAGCAAAGCCACCAUUACAAUCUGUGCAGCGUCGGGAGCAGCGUACGAUGGGAUUAUGGGAGUCGGCGACAUUGUACGACCCAAACGGGAGAAUCUUUUCGAGAUUAACCAGCAACGAGUAACAGCUCUUCAUACCGUUUCACACCUCAUCUCUACAACUCUUUGGGACUCAAGGGGAUGGACAUUUCAGGAACGUCUGCUGUCAAGGCGUUGCAUUAUCUUCACCCCCACGGAGAUGAUCUGGCAAUGCCAGGAUGCCACGUGGCGGGAAUCUAUCUUAUUAGGCCUUUCUGAGAAGUCUUGGACAUUGGAUUCUAUCAAUACUCCCUACGUGGCGGCCGAGGGAAAUCCUGUGCGGCACUACACUUCCUGCGUUGAGAUAUACAGCGGGCGACUCCUUACACUUGAUAAAGACAAGCUCCCCGCGUUCGAAGGUCUUGGUCAAAAAUUUGCCGCAAGCCUAGGUUCGAACAUGUUAUUCGGUCUUCCUGCGCGUUACUUUGACUGGGCGAUGUUAUGGGACUCAAAAGAGGGAGGGCCCAGGCUUCCACACUUUCCCAGUUGGUCGUGGUGUGGAUGGCAUCGCAAAGUAGAAUGGCGGGUUUCCAUGUUAAGAGGAGUGCUUUUCGAUCUGAACGAAUGGCUAAGGACUCGCACUUGGGUUAUCUGGUGGUAUGCUGAUUGCGGAAAGUGGAAAUUAGUUUGGGAUGUUGAAAAUCAAUCCUCUACAUCUACUGGGGAUGGAAGAUGGAACGGAUAUUCUGGAGGACCUGAGCCCUACGGUCGAGAUACCCGUCAAGUCCUUCACAACAUGCACGGGUUUCUGGGACUGGGAGAGCCCGGAACCGCUACUGGAUAUCCAGUCGACGGCAGUCUCAUACCACCCAGUGGUCAGAACCAGCUGAGUUUCGCCACGUUCACGGGCACAUUUGCAUUGUCCAGACAUACCCUAUCCACGGCGAUGUUUCCAUCAAACCAGGAGGGCCUCCACCGCUUUGGCAUAACAGACAAGGCGGAGGUAGGUGGACUCUUCGAGUUUGCGGCUAUCUCAUCAGCGAGAGACUACUCGAUGGAGGAGCUUGACUCGUGGAACUACUACAUCCCCCAGGACAGGGUGCAGGCGGACUGGUACUGCUUCUACGCGAUCAUGAUGAAGCCUGUAGGCUCGGGAACUGGCAUCUACGAGAGGAUUGGGUUAGCCAAGAUAUUCCGCUCCGCUUUCAGUACAGGAUCAUUUCGCAGACCUGGUUGGAAGCAGAUCAUCCUGCAGUAG